AUAUCAGCUGUCACUGCAGUCAUUUCGAAAUCACCUAGACGAUAGCACACAUUUGCGCAGUGUCUUGUCCUGCGUCUUUUUUGUAGGAACUGAUUUUUUGUUUGCCAAGAGAUCUGUGUGCAGGGCUGCUUGCAAUCAAACUGUCGUACCAAACAGCUUGACGGCUUCAGGGCAUAUUGUCCAAAUCUUCGUAUCUGUCCAAAUCUGUGAGUGUAUCUUGCACGGGAAAACUACGCUGAAGAAACAAUGACAUCGCUCUUGGAUGAUAUAUUGAAGAACGUUAAAGGGAACGAUAACAACUACUACACAAUUCUUGGCUGUGACGAAUUAUCCACGGAUGAACAGUUGCAGUGUGAGUACAGGGUUAAAGCCCUUGAACUCCAUCCAGACAAAAACUUUGGGAACCCUGUAGCUGCACAGAGGUUCCAGGAGCUGCAAGAAGCAAAAGCUGUCCUGCUAGAUCCAGAAAUGCGCAGGAAAUAUGACAAAUGGAGGAAAUCUGGCCUAACGAUGUCAUUCCAAAAGUACCUUAGCAUGAAUGUCACAUCUCUUCACUGGGUCUCCAGAAAGUCCAAAGAACCAAUGCUGACCGCAUCAGAGUCUACCGGUAUGGACGACAUACAAGAGUACAAGCUGCCCGAAAAUGUGACUUCCUACUGGAAACAAGAGGAACCGCCUAAUGACCUCCUGAGAAAGUUCAGGAAUUAUGAAAUAUAGAUUUGCUGCCAGUACGUGCUCACACAGCGCUUUUUGUUGUGGUACACGAGCAGGAGCUUAUAUUACGGGGAUUUUGAACAAAAAAAAAUUGUACGACAAAAAAUUAUAUUUUAAUAUAAAUAUCACAUUUUUAUCUAUUAUACGUUAUAUUACAGCUCUGUUUAUACACAUACAUUCUUUGGACACUGCCAUAUUAUUUUGACUAGCGAAGCGUCCUCCUGCAGCAUGUUAUGUAUGUCGUUAUGUAUGUUAUGUCGUAGAAUCUCUAGGAUCCUUUAUGGACCCCAAAUUGUUGAAUAUAAUGAGUGCCAAAAUGCAUUUGAACAAAGUUUGUACAAUGACGGAUACAUAGAAGGCGUGAUAGUGGAGAAAACUUAUACCUACAGCUUCGAAGUUUGGGCGUUAAAGAGGUAAGAAAGUACAUAACGAGAAAUAAAUGUUAAGUCAUGGGGCAAUGGCUUCCACGAAAGUGCAUAUGUGUACCUCUGUGUAUCCCAGUGUCUGUGCAAAAUGCGUGCAGUUCCAGCACGGCCCGCACCCGUGUGCAUCCCUUGUUUGUCGAAGAUGUGAAUCAUACAGCAUAUAUACAUAGGUGGGGAGCUUUCAAUCUGCCAGAGGGGGCAGGGGCAAUUCGACCCCCUUUCAUGCAGAGAGAUCAGGAUCAGGCGGGUGUCUUGAAUUCAGUGUCAUGGGACAGUUUUUUUUACAGGGUUUGCAUGUUCGCUUGCAUGAAGCAUUGAAUUCCUAAGAUACCCCUCGAAACGUUCACCUUGAGUGUCCGCUGGGGAGACUUCUCGGAGGGGGCCUUGCCCCUCCCCCCUUAGAGAUAAUAGUAGUGAUAAUCCUUGUUUAAAAUAAAACAAGCAGACAGGUAGUUUUACUUUCAAAGCAUAAUUUACUGGUAGGGAGAUGAGAGGUAGAAUGAAUAAUGAAUAUUAUAAUAAUAAUAAUAACAAGGUGCCCCAAAACAACCACUAGGGUCUUCUUAUUGGAGCACCACAAAAUGUUAUACAUGUUUAAGUGGGUUAUAUCUCAAUAUCUCAUUAGAAAGAGAUAGAUGUUUACUCCAUAGAAAGGUGGCUUUCAAAGCUCCUCAAGACACGUCCCUGGUAUAUAAGUAACAUUUAUGUGUUUUAUGCAACUGUUUGAUGUCAGGUAAUGGUGACUUAUGUCAUGGAUGCAUUUUUUAGACCUUUAAAUUAAGAAGUUAAGUAUUAUAACUAAGAUAAUUAGAAGGCUCGGAGUAAUGACUUUCUCUCCCAAAUGUGCAUUAUAGCUGAAGUUGAUGUUCUGUCAUGGUUACCCCUGCUAAACUGUGUGUUCUGAACUCACACAUAUUUCCUGUGUUGUAUCAGCUGUAUGGUUUAAUAAAUAUAACAAUGAUGAACAAAGUUAUGAAAGCACAUA